AUGAGAGACAGUAAAAAUGAAAGCAUGUGGUUUACUGUUCAUAUCUGGUCUUUGGAAGGCAAGCCCAUCGUGACAAUGGCUGGGCAUGCAGAAGUAGUGAAAGAUGCGGUAUGGGUGAAGCAAGAUAGUUUAUCUUGCCUGAUACUUAGUGCUUCUAUGGACCAAACUGUCCUGCUAUGGGAAUGGAAUGUGGAGAAGAACAAAGUGAAAGUCCUUCACUGCUGCAGGGGACAUGCUGGAAGUGUAGAUUCCAUAGCUGUUGAUUGCACAAGAACUAAAUUCUGCAGUGGAUCCUGGGAUAAGAUGUUAAAGAUCUGGUCUGCAGUACCUACAGAUGAAGAGGAUGAAUUGGAAGAGGCAGAUAAUAGACCACGGAAGAAGCAGAAGACUGAACAAUUUGGAUUAACAAGGACACCCCUGGCAACCCUCUCUGGCCAUACAGAAGCUGUCUCCUCUGUGCUGUGGUCAGAUGCUGAAGAAAUUUGCAGUGCAUCAUGGGACCACACCAUUAAACUCUGGGACGCUGAGACUGGAGAUCUCAAAUCAAUUUUUACUGGAAAUAAAGUAUUUAAUUCUGUCAGCUACUCACCACUGUGUCAUCGCCUGGCAUCCGGAAGCACCGAUAGACACAUUAGACUAUGGGAUCCCCGCAGCAAAGAUGGCUCCUUGGUUCUCCUGUCUCUGACAUCUCACACAGGCUGGGUGACAUCUGUGAAGUGGUCACCUACCCAUGAGCAUCAGCUGAUCUCUGGUUCUCUGGACAACAUUGUAAAGCUCUGGGACACAAGAAGUUGCAAAGCUCCUCUGUAUGAUUUGGCUGCCCAUGAAGACAAGGGUUUGUGUGUGGACUGGACAGAAGCAGGGUUGCUAUUGAGUGGAGGUGCAGACAACAAACUGUAUUGCUACAGAUACCCAGCUACAACUUCUGAUGUUGGAGCAUGAAGGGCAGCAGGCUGAAGACUUUUUUUUUUUU